AUGACGGAAGUCAACGUGAAGACGCCCCAGUUCCUGGGCAUGCGGGGCAAGACCCUCAGCAUGGUCGUCUCCAUCGUCUCCACCACCGGUUUCCUGCUCUUCGGUUACGAUCAGGGUGUCAUGUCUGGCAUUAUCGCCUCUGAGCCCUUCAACACCUACUUCCCCGAGACCAAUGACGACAAGACCUACCAGGGUUUCGUCACUGCCAUCUACGAAGUCGGCUGUCUGCUCGGCGCCAUCGUCAUGCUCAUGUACGGCGACAGGCUUGGCCGCAGAAAGGGUAUCAUGAUCGGUGCUACCGUCAUGAUUCUCGGCGUCGUCAUCCAGAUCACCGCUGUCAAGGGCAGCAAGGCCAUGGCUCAGUUCAUCAUCGGCCGGACCAUCACCGGCGUUGGCAACGGCAUGAACACCUCGACGAUCCCAACUUACCAGGCCGAGUGUUCCAGGUCGACCAACCGAGGCCUGCUGAUCUGCAUUGAGGGUGGUAUCAUCGCCUUCGGCACCAUGAUCGCCUACUGGAUCGACUAUGGCUGCAGCUACGGCAACCAGGACCUCAGCUGGCGCUUCCCCAUCGCCUUCCAGAUCUUCUUCGGUCUGAUCGUUGUCCUCGCCAUGAUCGGUCUUCCCGAGUCGCCCCGCUGGCUGCUCAGCAAGGACCGCCCCGACGAUGCCUUGAAGGUCAUUGCUGCUCUCCGUGGUCUCACUGUCGACGACGACGAGACCAAGCUGCAGGCUUCCAUCAUCAUGGACGGUAUCCGCGCCUCUGGCCACGCCGGUGGCAACACCAGCUACCGCGACCUCCUCACUGGCGGCAAGACCCAGCACUGCCGCCGUAUGCUCAUCGGUGCCUCGUCCCAGUUCAUGCAGCAGCUUGGUGGUUGCAACGCCGUCAUCUACUACUUCCCCAUUCUAUUCGAGGAUACCAUUGGUGAGACUACCGACAUGUCUCUGCUCCUAGGCGGUGUGAACAUGAUUGUUUACUCCAUCUUCGCUACCACUUCCUGGUUCCUGAUUGAGCGCACUGGUCGCCGCAAGCUGUUCCUGAUCGGCACUGUUGGCCAGUGCUUGUCCAUGGUCCUUGUCUUCGCCUGCUUGGUUCCCGGCAACCCCCAGGAUGCCAAGGGCGCCGCUGUUGGUCUCUUCACCUACAUUGCGUUCUUCGGUGCUACUUGGCUGCCUCUCCCAUGGUUGUACCCUGCCGAGAUCAACCCGUUGAAGACCCGCGCGAAGGCGAACGCCGUCUCGACCAUUACCAACUGGCUAUUCAACUUCUUGAUCGUCAUGGUCGUUCCGGUCAUGAUCGACAGCAUCGGCUGGGGCACCUACCUCUUCUUCGCCGUGGUCAACGCCUGCUUCUUCCCCGUCAUCUACUUCUUCUACCCUGAGACGCGCAUGAGGUCUCUUGAGGAGAUCGACCUGAUCUUCGCCAAGGGUUUCCUCGACAACACGAGCUACGUCACCGCGGCCAAGGAGCUUCCCUUCCUCUCCGACGACGAGAUCGACGCGAAGGCCAAGGAGUACGGCUUCGUCUCGGGAGAUGAGGCUGCCACCAGCGGCGACGAGAACGAGAAGACGGAGCACACGGAGAAGGAGGUUGAGAACGGCAACCAGCACGUGUAA